AUGGCCCCGUACGAGGCUUUGUAUGGGCGCAAGUGUCAAACUCCCUUGUGUUGGUAUCAGGAUGGCGAAAACUUAAUCGUAGGGCCAGAGCUGGUGCAACAGACUACAGAGAAGGUGCGUCAGAUCCAAGAGCGGAUGAGAACAGCACAGAGCAGGCAGAAGAGUUAUGCUGAUCGACAUAGGAGACCCUUAGAGUUUCAGGAGGAUGAACAUGUAUUCUUGAGAGUGACGCCUACUACUGGAGUUGGUAGGGCAUUGAAGUCUAAAAAGCUUACUCCGAAGUUUAUUGGACCAUAUCAAAUUCUUCGACGUGUGGGUCCAGUGGCGUAUCAAAUUGCUUUACCACCGAAUUUAGCUAAUUUACAUGAUGUGUUCCAUGUAUCACAAUUGAGGAAGUACAUUGCAGAUCCAUCCCAUAUUAUUGCCCCAGAUGAUAUUCAAUUGAAGGAGAAUUUUACCUUCGAGGUCCCACCGAUAAGCAUCGCUGACAGAACUACCAAACAUUUGAGGGGAAAGGAAAUUCCGUUGGUUAAGGUGAUUUGGAACCAGACAACUGGGGAUGCUACUUGGGAGUUGGAAGAGAAGAUAAGAGAGCUUUACCCAUACCUUUUAGAGACCUCUUAG